AAAAAGGAAGCUGCUUUUCCAGCUGGACGUGCACCGCGUCUGCAGGGCGUCUGAUCGACUCCACGCAAACGCGCCCGCGAAAUACACACACACACACACGCAGAGUGACCACAGCGAUAGGUGUACACUUUACAGCCUUUUUUCCCCCCUGUAAGCCCUCCGAAAUAAAGUACAUCUUCGCCGAUCGCGACCCCUCCCGAAAGACGCUGUUAAAGGCGAAGGAGCAGAGAGAAAACGAGAGACAACGAAAGGCCGCGGCAUCGACGCAGUUCCGACAGCAUCAUGGCCGCCUCCUCCUCCCCGCGAGAGCCACUCGUGCCGACCAUCAACUUCUCGAUGGUCUGCCCCGGUGUCUAUCGAAGUGGCUACCCAACCAAGAAGAACUACUCCUUCCUGUGCGCCCUGCGCCUUCGCAGCAUCCUGUACCUCUGUCCGGAGGACUACGCCGAGAGUAACUUGAAGUUUUGCGAAGAAAACGGCAUCCACGUCUUGCGCUUCCCCACCGAAGGCAACAAGGAACCUUUCAACGACAUCUCCGAGCCGCUCAUGCACCGCAUCUUGGGCGCCAUCUGCGACACACGCAACCUGCCGUUGCUGAUCCACUGCAACAAAGGCAAGCACCGCACCGGCACGGUGGUGGCCUGUCUGCGCCACCUGCAAGGCUGGUCGCUCGUCUCCAUCUUUGAAGAGUACAAGCGCUUUGCGAGCGACAAGGCGCGUGUCGGGGAUCAGCAGUACGUGGAACUGUACCACCCCAUUGUAAAGCUCACACCGCCUUUCGUCGCGCCGUGGGUCACCAUCACGCCACGUGCGACGCUGGUCACGUCGGACCGUGAGCUUAUCGAGGCGGAGACGAUACAGCUCGGUACGAGUCUCUUGACGCCGGACAAGCCACUGAAGAAGGCGGGCGGUGGGCAGACAAGAGGAAUGGGAAGCGCAGCCACAACAGCGACGCCCGCAGCGCCCACCGGCGCAACCCCUCCAGCAGUCGCGGGCACCCUCUCCGCCGUGCCACAACCACCGUCGCCGAACGUGGUGCCCGCCCCACCCACCACCACCACCGUCACGCCUCCGACGCUCUCCUCUCCCUCGACGGGGGUGUCCGCCUCUGUCGCGAAUCCUUCUCUUCCGCCGGCGCCCCCGCCUUCCGCUGCUGCCGUCCCGGCGCUCGCGCCAGCGCUGGCGGCUUCGUCGGUGUCUCGGCUACCCACGCCUCAGCCGCCGGGUGCCCGGCAGCAGCCGGAGGUGCCAUUUCCAAUGCACACACCCGGCAGUACCAACACAGCAACAGCGGCAGCGGCAGCGGGGGCGGUGGCUAGCGGCGGCAGCAGUAGAGUUGACGGGGGUGUUGCCUCUUCCCUUCCAGGAGCGAGCCACGGUUUGGGUAACACAAAUGGAGUCCAAGCAGGUAAAGGGACGUCGACCACCACCCCUCGGCCGUCACCGCCAUCGGCAAUUACACCGACGGUGUUCGCCACCGUCCCGCCGACCCCGUCCGGCCCCUACGGGAGCCGCAGCGGUGCGAACGCGCAUGGUGGUCCGCCACCACCCAACAAAUAG